UCAUAUAUAAUCACCUGUUUUUAAUAGAAAUAUCCAGUGGAAAUGCCGUGAUUAUCGCAUUCCCAGAGGGGCUUUUACCAAGUCAUUUAAAAAAGGACUCUGUGACAGACAUUCGCCAUCCACUCAGUCCCAGCUGAAACUUUGUGCAGAAUGGAGCUGCUGUCGGUUUUUGUGUCCAUAUGUCGAGCCAUUGGCUUGUGCAAUCUGCGCUAUGUGGCGGAGCGUAAGCGUUUCGAGCUGGAUCAGGGUCUAAUGCUGGGCUACUGGCUGCUCCUGAAUGUGGUCUAUGUGGUGCUGACGCCCGUCUGCUUUGUGCUCAUGGUGAACAGCUACUACAGCUGCCAGGGCAUGGACAUGUUGUCCAUGGCCUACAGCUGCGUCUCUCUGACCAAGUCGUGCUCGCUGUUCGUGGUGCUGGGCAGCGUUUGGCUGCGACGGCAGCGCAUCAGACGCGUCUGCAAUGGCUACAUGCGGCUGCUGGAGCGCUUCACGCAGUACCAUGCGAACUAUAGCUAUUGGCGACGUCACCUCUGGAAGCUGCUGCUGAGCAAUACGCGCUUCGUGGUGCUGCUCAAUCAGCUGUUUGGCCCCGGCAGCGCGCUGAUGUGCGGCGUAGACGAUGAUGAGGUCGUGACUGGCCUGCCGCCUAUCUACAUCGGCCUCUCGGUGGCCGUGCUGCUGAUGGACCUGCUGGCCAGCUGCACAGACAGCUUGGCCUACUGCGUGGUGGGCACCAGCAAUCGACUGCUCGAGUGCAUGUCGCAGGAGGCAUUGGAGCUGACUCGAGAUCUGCGCUGGCUGCCGCCGUCUCGUGGCCGACAUCGCGCUGUCUAUCAGCGGCAGCUCUUGGCUGCCUGGCAUCGACUCUGGCACAGCUGCCGGCAGCUGGACAAGCUGCUCGUCGAGCUGCUGAAAAUCUUUCAGGCUCUACUCCUGCUCAACGUCUUCACCAACUAUUUGACUGAGAUUUCGCUGUUCUUCAACUUGGUUGUGCUCAUUGCCGAUGCGGAGUUCAUUAGUCCAUGGCGUUGCUAUUUCUACUCUGUGGUCUGCCUAUCAUUUCACUUUGACAUCCUGCUAACCUUCUCCAUAUUUGGCGCAAAUCAAGUGAAGUGGAAACAUUUGUCCGUCCGACUGCAGCAACUGUGGCUCGCUCUGAAAGCUAUGCAUGUGGACUAUAGGAGCGACACACAAUGUGUGGCUAUGCUGCAUCAGCUAGAAUUCGCUAUGAUCUAUUUAAAUCGCCGACUGCAGCCGCAACCGAGAAAAGUGCGAAAUCUACAAAUUAUGGGUCUAUUCGAUAUGAAUCGAGGAUUUUGGAACUCGAUGAACGCCUCCAUAGGCAUGAAUGUGCUGAUUCUGUGGCAGUUGGCAUACAAGAACUAUUAUUGAAGCAAUCCAUUCCCAUUCCCAUUCACAUUUACAUUUAAAAGCUAUUUAAAAGCUUCGGGCCCGUAAUAGUUGUGCAGAGCUUUUAAUGCGUGUUUAUAAUGGCCAAAAGCUCUUUGUGAAGUGUCAACUAAAAGCCUUGCGACACUAAAAACAAUUGUUUGCUCCUCAUCAUUUCCCAGUAUUUGAGUGCAAUGGAAAUGGGUUAAAUGCUAGGGUUUUUAAGUGUAUUUUAUUUUUAAAUAUACUCCUUUUUUAUAUUUUAAGUGAAAUAAACUUUAAUGUGAAAAACUAAGUUUGGG